AGUAAUGGCCAGCACUGCGAUAGUUAGUGGGGACCAUCCGAAUGCCAUCAGAAAAACAGACGGAGAGCUGUACCUACCUGCAUCUCAACGCAGUGAUGGAUCAUGGAGACCGGAGCGAAAGAUCAAGGACGGAUAUGUUCCACAAGAUGAAGUACCCAGAUACGUAGCGCCAAGUAUCAAACCAUUUGAUGUUCAUCAUAUGAAAGGAUUGCACGAUGUUUCGCCUCCGAGGAAAGAAAUCCCGGGAGCUGUGUUUAUUGACGGAGGAGAUGACGGUAUUCCGAAAAGCAAAAGUGCUCAGAAAAGAGCCAAAAAGAAAGAAAAAGAGCGGCUUCAGAAAGACUUGGAUAAGCUAAAUAUUAAAGAGAAAGAAGGAAGUGGUGACGCCAAAGAGAAAAGCGUUACGAAAAAGGCAGCUAAAGUUCCACCUGCGCCUGCUCCAGAAGUCAAAAAUGUGGCUGCUCUAAGCUACCCGAGUGAUAUAUUCAACGAGGAACAGCUUCCGUCACCACCCGUUGAUACAAGCUGGCAGACUGUUCCCAAAGGGAAAACGCAAUCAGCUGGCCCAAUCAAAGCUGCAGCAACUGUCUCUGGACGAAACGUUGUUGUCGCACCGGUAGCCAACGCGCCACCUGCUGCCAAAAAGAGUGGAACCAAGAAUGUUUCGAGCAAUAAACCAGGGUCGGCCAAGAGUGCAAACGAUGUCCCCGAAGAUGUCCGGAAGCAAGUUCGGAACUUGAAGAAAAAACUGGGACAAAUAACCAAACUGGAAGAACGUAAAAAGAACGGAGAUACUCUCAGUGCAGACGAAAUCAAUAAAAUAGAAAAUAAAGCAACGGUAUUGGCCGAGUUGGCAUCGUUUCCCGACGUAUAGUUAUUGUUUUAGUAUUUUUUCAAAUCAUAGCUGACUGGUUGAUUAUCGACAGUCCCUAAGUUAAGUAACACGUGUUCACAAUUUUGUUACAAUCAAGUAGAUCUUAUAUCUUAUUCGUCCUCCUGCGUUAGUUAAUUCUAGGCAAACGCUUCAAUGUUAUAAACUAAUUGCAUCAGUUUUUACUUCUACUUUGUUGUGAAAUUAAUAUUUUAUUUUUAAGAUAGAUACUUCAAAUCUGCAGGGAAAAUUGAGAAAAAAUUGUUUGUCA